AUGACAGAAAUACCUCGAACAGAACAACUUGAAUCGACCCAGAAUGUUUCUUACGAUAAACACAUUCAGUCAACUAAUGGUGAGGAUGAUGUAUUCGAGCCUCCGUCACCGAUCCACAUAGCGGUGAAGGCUGAGGGGACAGUCUCUGAUAAAUCAAGUUCCAAUACACUGAAUUCUAUUGAUUUAAACGAUUUGGAUGGGUCUGUAGCUUUGGAUUACGUCUAUCAUAUUAACUGUCAGCAUCCAAGGUACCAUUGUCUUAAAUUACAUCUUCUAUUGGUUUUUUAA